UAUACGGAGCGCGGGCGGCGGUGUAGGUGCGUAGUGGCAACAUAAGAGCAUGCUGUUCAAAUUGCAGGUUAGGUUAAGGCGAGAAUGAAAACCGUUGUCGUUUCUCAAGUGUACGAACGUGUAAUGUGGCGCAAGUGAAGGACCAAAACAGACUGAGUUGAAAUCAGUGGAUUUAUCGAUUAUUAUUUCAGUGCGAAGUGGUAAAGAGACAUGUGCGAGUUGGCCGAAUUAAAGAGAAGCCGAAAAGUGGACGCGAUUACAAAUCCGUUGCCCGGGAUUAAUUUAAAUAGCUUUGGACACUUAACUGCAUGUAAAAUGGCGCCGGACAACCAAACGCGGCUGUGUAAUCAGUACGCAGUGUCUGUUGACUCAAGGAUCAAUGCAGAAAGAACAGAGUCACUAAAAAUGAAGAAAUGCAAUUGUGCCUGCUCUACAGCCAAGCCCACAAGGUACACAUUAACCAGGCGCCCCAAAUCCGUACUUCAAGCAGUAUCCCUUCUCUUAAUUUUGAGCAAUUGGUCAACCGUUUCGGCCACCACUACAGUUGGAAACCCACCCAGAGUUUUGAAGAAUGACGUCACAUCGGUGAUAGCGUUUAAGGGAGAAACCCUCACCCUACCAUGCAUGGUGAUGUCCGGAAAACCUCGCCCGAGAACCCAAUGGUACAAAGACGGGGUCGAGAUUGGAAAAGACUGGGAACGUUUUAAACAACAAAGAAAAGGUUUAAGAAUCCGGAAUGUGGCGUUGGAAGACAGGGGCGUGUAUCGAUGUGAAGCUGUUAAUGGGUACGGAAGUGAAGAGCUCGAAAUCAUGCUGCUGGUCAAAGUUAAGCUCAACACAACAACAGACCAAAUAGAAUCAGAGAAGCCUAUUUUUACUGAACCAAUCAAAAUGCGACGUUACAAUAUCGCGAAACCUAUUGGUCGUGACGUCAGAUUUAGUUGCAAAGCGAAAGGGAAACCCCCUCCACAGAUACAAUGGUUCAAGGAUGGGAACUUUACCAGCUCACCGGACGGUAACCCUAGAAGACAGCAGUGGACGCUGACACUCCGGCAACUUAAAUUGACCGACAGCGGUCGUUACACCUGUCGGGUCUGGAACAAAGCUGGCGCCAUCUCUUUUAAUUACUCGUUGCGGGUGGAAGGUUUGUUCCAGUUGAAUCCGGUGUUGGUGAAACCGCAUCCAGUUAAUACGACGGUCAGAGUCGGUGAAAAAACAUCUUUACAAUGUAGAGUUCGUAGCAAUAUUGUUCUCACAGUUAAAUGGAUGAAACAGAUUGAACCAUCUGCCCAAUAUCAGUACAGCGAACGUCUCUUAAAUAAUUCUUUGCGUAUUGACGGGAACUUGUAUGUUAUUUUGCCAACGCAGGAGACUCUGUACCUGCCCGAAGAAAGAACAUAUUUGAACAAACACGUCAUCGUGAGAGCAACGGAGCAUGACGCCGGAAGAUACCUUUGCGUCGCAGCUAAUACGAGGGGCUACCGGUUAAGGGGGGCAUAUCUGUCCGUUCUGCCAGCAAGAGCUAAGAAGCAAGACGAACCUCCUAUCCGCUCGACAGCGAAGCUCAACACAAUACCACUAGCGCUGAUUAUUGGAUUACCAGCAGCUGCAGGUGUUGUCAUCGUGUGUGUGGUCACAGCAUUCUGCAUCAAUAAACGUCAAGACCUCGUCAAAUUUGCUGGGGCUGUGACCAAGUCAAGCAAAUCAGUCGUUCAAGGUGUUUAUGACGUACCGUCUGCGUCAUCAGCAGAAUACGUCGCCCCUGUCAUCACCUCCAGGGACGACUGCACCGAACAUUUAUGUUGCCAUAAACAAAUAACAACAGCUAGGGUGGAGCGGGUACCUGACAGUGAUGAUACAAACACUCCGUGGCAAAGCGCGAUUCGCCGCGCACCUCCUCCUGGGACAACAGUUCCAGCGAAAACAGGUCGAGUGACAUUCGAUACUUCAAGUAAAGACGACGACGACGAUCACUCGUCCAGUUAUUGCUUCCAUGAAUUUAACAUACACCCUCCGCCACCCUCGCUUUGCAGCAGAUCAACUGUGACUGAAACGAGCGCGAACAGUAGGCAGCGACAUAAGCCUGGCUGUCGGCGGAAUCACAACCGUCGCUACCACGCCUACCACCGCCAGUCGCGACGUUACGACCCCCAUGAAAAGUUUUCAUCGCCUUCCUACUGUUCUUAAACCAGCGUUCCUCGGCGUUUACUUUUCAUAAAAGCUUAAAUUUUUAAAAAUAUUUUAACCGUGAUUUUAUUUUAUUUGUCGCAUAUAAAGUUUUACUACAUACAUACGCUCAAGGUGUAUGAAUACUUCAGAGUCGAGCUACUUUGCCUUGUAAACGCCGAUUUUAAUUUCAUUUUUUUUAUAUUUCCAGCAGUGUUUUAUAACUCACAAGAACGUGGAUUUUGAAUUGCCUUCUUUUGCGCCAAUUUAAAACAUUGAAUUUAUGGCUAAAAACGUAAAAAGGUCGAUUCUAGGUAUCGUACAUGUAUAGACCUCAAUUUUAUUGCUCGUCUGAAAUCUGGACACUUAUCUACGAUGUACAAGUCGUUCAACCACUUAAUUCAGACGUGCCAUGCAUUUUGUAUGAUUUCAAGUGUUUUAUAUGUUCGUGAUUCAUCCAUAAAAAAUGAAGACCGCCAAAAAGGCGGCAAAGUU